AUGGCGGAGGACGCGAUGGAGAGCUACCUGUACGCUGCCUACCCGCCCUACUCUUACCGCUACCCACCGCCCAAGGGCAAAGGCGGGUCGGGCGGCUGGCGGCCGCGGGGCGGCUACUUGGCGGGCUACGGGGAGGCGGCGGCGGCCGCGGCCGAGUACUUCGACAACUACCAGCGUGCGCAGCUGAAGGCCAUCCUGUCGCAGGUGAACCCCAACCUGACCCCGCGGCUCCGCAAGGCCAACACCAAGGAGGUGGGCGUGCAGGUCAACCCGCGGCAGGACGCCUCGGUGCAGUGCUCCCUCGGGCCCCGCACGCUGCUGAGGCGCCGGCCCGGCCUCGCCCCGUCGCGACCCCGCGAGGCGGCCCCGCAGCCGGAGCAGGAGCAGGGCAGCCCGGUCACCACCGGCACCCGAGCCGUGCGCUUCCCGCGCACCGUCGCCGUGUAUUCGCCCGUGGCGUCCCGUCGUCUCACCGCCUUCCCCGAGGAGCCCGAGCCGCCGCCGCGGGAGCCCGAGGCGUCGCAGGAGCCUGAGGCGUCCCGGGAGCCCGAGGCGCCGCCGGCCCCGGCAGCCGUCGAGGAGGAGCGGCGCGAGGCGGAGGCGGUGCGCGCCAGCUGGGAGAAACCGCCCGAGCGCGAGGCCGCUCCGCUGGAGCAGCGCGGGGCCGCGGCGCCGGACGGGGAUCGGGAGGGGGCAGAGCCGCGGGAGGAGCCGCCCGCCGCGCCCCAAAAGCAGGAGGCGGCCCCGGGCAAGGCCCGUCUGCGCUUCCAGUUCCUGGAGCAGAAGUACGGCUACUACCACUGCAAGGACUGCAACAUCCGCUGGGAGAGCGCCUACGUCUGGUGCGUGCAGGGCACCAACAAGGUGUAUUUCCGUCAGUUCUGCCGCACCUGCCAGAAGUCCUACAACCCGUACCGCGUGGAGGACAUCACCUGCCAGAGCUGCAAGCAGACGCGCUGCACCUGCCCCGUGAAGCUGCGCCACGUGGACCCCAAGAGGCCGCACCGCCAGGACCUGUGCGGGAGGUGCAAGGGGAAGCGCCUCUCCUGCGACAGCACCUUCAGCUUCAAAUACAUUAUCUGAGGAGGAGGGGGAUUUUGUUUGUUUAGGGCUCUUCCAGGGGAACUGCAGGCUCCGCAGGUUGUUUUCCGUUGUUGUUGGUUGGGUUGAGGGUUGCUGGGAAAGCUGCGAGUAAAGAUUUGGUGAAGCCUCUGCUGGUCAGGUGGGGCUGUGCCCGGUUUGGGGGUGUGCGUUGAGAUUUUGGUAAUUGUGUAAGGGAAGAGCCCGCAAAUACUGGUUUGCGAAUUAGUGACAGCCUGGGCUGCAGCCAGCUCAAGGCUGUGUGGAAUCUCAGACAGGAAAGAACGCUGGUUACUCAUCCUGCAUGAGAAGCUCAACCACUUGUGCAUCAGGCUGACAUCCACCGUGGGUGGUGGAGCACAUUGCAAAGGGGGCCAUGGCGGUAUUCAGUCACUGUGCACAUUGGUGCUGCAGGGCUCCUGCCCUGCUGUUCCUCUCUGGAAGAGGCUGAGAAUGACUGUGUAGAAGUCAGGCUGCUGCUCGUAUGGCUGCCCGGGCUUGGCUGAGCUGGUGUUAUAAGUUGGGAGCACAUGCUGCUUGGGGUGGUGUUAAUUUGUCUUCAGAAGCAGCUAUCACUGGCUGAUGGCGAGGGAGUUUUUGAUGUUUGAUUCCCCUCGGAAUGCACUCCUUCUUCCACGCUCGCACCGACGGGAGCAUCAGGUGAACAGAAACUUUGGGUUAUUGGGAAAAGUGGCACUUGAAAGGCUCUAGGUGACCUGCAUCUGCCCAGCUUCCUCUGAACCUUCAGGUGCUGCACAAAGAGCUGCACAUGGGGUGGUGUGUGCUUGGGGUCUGCUGCCUCCUGUCAGGGAAGGAGCAGAUCACUGCCCGUCUGGGAUAGGGUUUGCAGCUAGAAGUGAUGCACCUGGACUAUUUCUGCUGCUAGGGUGAGGUCUCCAUGGGGAUGAGCAUGUUUCAGUGGUGUUAUGCACAUCAGCACACUACAGCAGUGCCACCUGCACAGACAACUCAGGGAAACCUGUGUCCCUCUACAUUCUACCUCAUAGCUAAGGAGUUGGGUAAACAAUGGAGAAAUGUACUUUCCUGAGAAUGCGAAUAAAGCUGUUACCUUUGAAAUUA